AUAUCUGUUAAUUUGAGUGGGGUUAUUUUGUGUGUUAGCAUCUAGAAAUGAUGACUUAAAUGUAAUUUAACCUUUAAACAAAUUAUUUUUAUACUUUAAGCAAAAUUGGAAUGUCAUACAUAAAUGGAAUUUUAUAUGGAAAUUUUUGAUUUUGUACAAUGCAAAAAGAAUUCAUACCAAACCGAGGAGGGCAAGCACAUUAUCAAAAUCAACAGGUAGGGAACUAUCCACCUGUUAUGCAAAGUCAAAUGCCGCAAGUGUAUGUGCAAAAUGGCCAAUCUAUACGAAUGCCUCAAAUGACUCAAUUCACUAAUGCACAGUCAUAUGUUCCAAUUCAGAAUACACAAUAUGCUCCUCGUGGCUACAUGCAGCCUCAAUAUAAUGCACAAUAUCAGUAUCAGCCACAGCCUUACUUCACUCCUCGAGGUGGACAAUAUCAUUCAGUAUAUGUGGUACCACAAGGACAAUUUCCUGUACAACAGUCAAUUGCUACAAGCCAAAAUCAACAUAUAACUGGUCAGCGCAUGUACAAUCAAAUCCCUACUCCUCAACAACCAACUCCACAGCAUACUUAUGUAGCACCUCAAGAGCAGGCGCCACAACAGAAAAAAAGGCCUGCUAUUGUUUUAAAAGAUCCUACAACAGGAAAAGAUGUGACAAAUAUAAUUUUAAAAAAAGUUGAUAAAACUACUCCAAGUAGUGGGUAUUCCAGUGCAUCAAGUACACCACCUUUACCCCAAGAUGAUAAAAAAGCUAAAAUACAGGCAGAAUUCGCAGAAAAGGUUGCUGCAGUGGCAUCAAGCUCAAGUCCAUCUCAAACCGACGUUAAAACAGUUUAUAAUGGAAAAUCAUCAGAAGUCACAUCAAAUACAGAUGCAGUACAGCCAUUAACUUUAUCCAUGGAAAGCAAACCUGUAAAAAUUACAAAACCUCCACAAACAGAAAAUUUGCAUAAAUCCAAAGCAUCAGAAAAUGCAAUUGAACAUAAACAAAAUGAGGUAGAAUUUAAAACAAAAGAAGUAAAAGUAGAUGAGAAAAAAUCUUUAACUGAUAACUCUGAAAAACUUGAAAGCUCUGAAAAACUUGAAAGCUCUGCGAAAGUCGAAAGCUCUGAAAACAUUGAAAGCUCUAAAAAAGUUGAAAACUCUAAAGAUAUUGAGAGCUCUGAGAAAGUUGGGGACUCUGAAAAAGUUGAAACCCUAAAAAAAGAUGUCUUAAUACAAAGUGAAAACACAAUUAAAGCGAGCAUUGCUGAAGACAGCAAACAAAUAAUACAAAAAACCGUUGUUGAAGAAACGGUCACUAGCCAGGUUGAAGAUGUGUUGGAAGCCCAACCAGAGAAAGGCAUGCAAGAUAACUCUCAGAAUGAUAAUAAUACAAUUGAACAGGAGGAUUCAGAAAAACCUGUUUCAGCAUUUAGUACAGUUUCAGUACCCAAGAAAAAGAAGCCUAAGAACAGAUUUAAAGAUAUGGAUGCUAAAGAUUCAGCAAACAACAAUGAUAUGCUAAGUGCAUUUGUUGAUAACCCUGUAGAGGAAAAAAUUGUUAAGCAGCCUGAAGCUCCAAAAGUUCUUGAAAAGGCUCCAGAAGAUAAAACAUGGGAGGAAAAGGAAAAAAGUAUAGAAAAAGAAGUCAUCAGAAACGAAGACGCAGAAGAACCAGAAAUACUUCCAAAAAGAACUGAAACAAAAAUCAUUAAAUCAGAAGAUACACCGAAUACAACAAUUUCUGAUGAUGAAAAGCUCCAAUAUGAUCGAGAUUUUCUUCUCAAGCUUCAAUUUGCAUCUAUAAGCACCUCAAAACCUCAAGGACUACCUGAUAUAGAUAUUGUGUUAAAUCAGGCUCAUGCACCUGUAAAAGCAUUGGUUCCUGGACAAAGGAUUUCUGCACCAAACGAUUUUAUGCCCCAAUUUAUGCGCUCCACAAGUGGUGGCAGGUCAUCUUCUGGUGGAAGAUCAAAAGGAAGUGGAGGUGGACGUGGAGAAGGGCGACCAAAAAAAGUAAUACAAGCUCCAGUAUUCCAAAAAGUGGAAUUAAAAAAAUCAGAGAAUGCCUGGGUUAGGCCUAAAGACCAGGAUAAGGAAUUACCAGAAGAAGAGAAAAUAACAAAAGAACUGGAGCGUAAUGUUAGAAGUGUACUUAAUAAACUCACACCUCAAAAGUUCAAGACUUUGGUCGCUAAAAUGUUAGAAUUGAAUAUAGAUAAUGCAAAGAAAUUAGAAUCAGCCAUAGAUUUAAUUUUUGAAAAGGCUGUUAGUGAACCUGGUUUCAGCGUUGCAUAUGCCAACAUGUGCAGAGUUCUUACCGAUAACUUCAAAUUUUCUGCUACAAAUACAGCCGAAAAAACGUCGACAAGUACAGUUACGUUUAGAAAGGUUUUACUAAAUAAAUGUCAAAAGGAAUUUGAAAAAGAGAGUUCAGAUGAAAAAUUGUUGGAGGAAGAUAGGCUGAAAAAGUUUGAAACAGAAGAAGAGAAAAAGGCAUGGAAAGAAGAACUUGAUUAUAGAGAAAUGAUGAAUAGAAGAAGAAUGCUUGGAAAUAUCCGUUUCAUAGGUGAACUAUUUAAAUUAAAGAUGAUUUCAGAAAAUAUCAUGCAUGAUUGUAUUUUAAAACUGCUGCGAGCCGAAAAGCAAGACUCUUUAGAAGACCAACUGGAAUGCUUAUGCAAGCUUUUGUCAACAAUAGGAAAAGACCUCGAUCAUGCAAAAGCUAAGCCAAGAAUGGACCAGUACUUUGUUCAAAUUAACAAAAUAAUAGAGAAAAAGAAAAUAUCCUCUCGCAUAAAAUUUGCCCUGCAAGAUGUAAUGGAUCUCAGAGUGAGAGAUUGGGUGCCAAGACGCGAUGAAGGAAACCCCAAAACCAUUGAUCAAAUUCAUAGGGAGGCUAUACAGAAGGAGAAAAAAGAGGAAAUGGCUCGUCAGCAAGACAAAUUGCAACGAAAACUAGAACCAAGAGGCGGGAGAGGUGGACGAGAUAGUCCAAAUGUACGAUCAGGUGGCCCAAGUAGUGAUGGGUGGACAAAUGUUGCUGGUAAAUCAAAUCGUAGUACAACACCAAUUGUUGCUAGUAAAUUUAAAUUGACAAAGAAAGUUACAGAUUCAAAUGAGAUUUCGCUUGGACCAGGUGGUGGUAAACCUGGAGCAUGGUCAAGAGGUGCAAGUGGUGGUGGUAGCAGAUCUGGUUCUGGUGCCAACACCCCUACCAGUGAAUUCGAGCAAAGGCCUAAUAGAUAUGAUCUUCUCGCUGAUCAAAGUAUGAUGCCAACACCAUCUGAUGGAAAAUCACGUGGAGGUCGUAAUAAUGUGCCAUCACGCAGAGGAACUCCAACAAGUGGUGGUGGACGCAUGGGUAGUGACGAUGGCCGCACUUCUGCUUUACGAGCAGUUAAAGAUAUGACUAGUCGAUCAAGUAGGAACUCGUCACCAGCUCGUUCAAGUCCAUCUGAAGAAACGUACAGUGCACCUUCGUCAGGCACACAAACUCCAGUUGAAAAAUCACAAUCGCCAGUUGCAUUGAUUACAGAAGAAAAGAUGAGAAAAACUACUAAAUCAACUGUGGAAGAAUAUUUGAGUUGUAGAGAUGUGAAGGAAGCUCUGUUGUGUAUAAAAGAAUUGAGUUGUCCGUCAAUGCAUCAUGUAUUUGUUGAAGAGAGCAUUUGCGUUGUCCUUGAAAAAAAACCCGAACAUCGUCGUCUUGUUGGCACAUUGCUGCAUUAUUUUAUUAGGGAGCAGUUACUUAGCACAGAAGAUAUGUGUCAAGGGUUUGCGUCCAUGGUUGAACUUGCACAAGAUUUGGCAUGUGAUGUGCCGUUAAUAUACAAAUAUCUUGGUGAAGUUCUUGGGCCAGUCGUAUAUGAUGGAACCCUACCUUUAAACAAAGUAAAAGACACGCUAGAACCACUCGUUCAACGAAGUAAAGCAGGACUUGUAAUGGCUGAAGCGUUGUCUGUGGCUGUUGAACUGGCUGGGAAGGAAGAUUCCGUUGUAGCUUUAUGGUGUGAAUCUCGUGUCACAUGGGAUAUGCUUUUGAAUAACGAUGAAAAUGUCGAAACAUUUGUAAAAGAAAAGAAAAUGGAAUUUACUCUAAAGACAGUCUCCACGCAGUCAUCUCCAAGUCAUUCCAGUCAGAUACAAGAAGAAAUGCUAAAAAUAUUUAAGGAAAAAGAAGACGUAACGAAUGAAAUUAUGAACCUGAUCACGAAUAAAGUGCCUGCUGAGCAGCAAUCUUCUCCAGAUUUCAUUCGACAAUUGACUGGAGUUGUUUGCAAUUCCACUAUAUCAACCUCAGAUAAUUCAACUACGUGCUCCUGUAAUAAAGAACUAUUAAAGAAGCGAAGUAAUAUUAUGCGCCGCUACAUCAAUAAGAAUAGGACGCUAGAGCUACAUGCAUUAUACGUUCUUCAAGAGUUAGUGACAGAUUUGAACCACCCUCGAGAUCUGCUGCGAGUGUUGUUUGAAGAAUUGUAUCAUGCGGAAGUGAUAUCUGAAGAAGCCUAUUACGAUUGGGAGGACAGUAAAGAUUUCCCGGACGGCAAAGGUGUUGCGCUUAGCACUGUUAAGUCAUUUUUAGAAUGGUUAAAAAAAGCAGAGGAGGAACAGAAUGAAGAGGACGUUAGCGCAACACUGACGACAAAUGUUGCAUAAAUAAAUUUAGUGGCUUGAGGUUAAAAUUUAUACAGUAAAAUAUUUUGGAUAGCUUCUACGUGUCAUUAGCGCUUCUUUUUCUGGAUUUACAAAUUUACAUAUAAUUUUUAUUUUUUGUUUUCAAGUAUGCAAAUGCUUUACAGCCGUUUGGUUCGCGUUUAAUUUUCUUUUUUAUCAUCGCCAUUUUUUUUUUUUGCAAAUACUUUCGACCCUACUCCCUUGAUAUAAAUUUUAUGUGAAACAGUUCUCAAUGUGUUUUUGUACGUGUCCUCUUGCCGUGUUAUUAUUGUACUGUGUCUGUUUCGUGAAAUACUUCAGCGUUUUGGUCGACAAACAAAAAAAAAAUUAUCAAGCUACAUAUUGUCUAACCAAACGUGAUACUUUUUUGUAAAAUAAUUUAUGUGAAGAUUAGUGGAUCGGUUAUUUAAGCGAUCUGCUUGAAAGCCUUUUUUGCGAUACUGCGCAUUUGUAGAUUUCGGUAACGUAAAAAAAAAUAAAAAAAAUUCAACCGUUUAGAUUCAAGCGGGAAGUCUCCAUUAUUGUAUUUCAGAUAUAGAUUAUAUUGUAUUUUUUAUGAGAAAAUACAGAAAAUAUGGUUUGGCCAACAA